AUGUUUGUCAAGUGCUCGCCUCGUUUCGCUGGCAAUCCUGGGCUCGACGCCGGAAACCUGGCCCCCCCUGACGGCACGCACACCCUACCCAUCGGCCUGGAGAGAGUCGAGAGCAAUAAUAUGCGCACGCUCUCAUCCUACCUCCCAUCAACGCAAAAGGUUGCUUCGUAUGAGCUCCCUUGUAGCUGGGGCCAUUUCACGCGUAACCUCUUCCACUCCCGGAGUGGAAACCACCAGCAUUACCCAUUUCGUUGCUUUGUGGCCGACGCGAUAUUCCCCUGCCUGGCAAGUUUGAUGUUGAUCCGAAGUCGACAGCAGCAGCUGUCACCGCGCAUGUCCACCUGGCAGCCGCUCUCCAAUUUUCCCCAAGUUGUGUGGCAGCACAUUUGCGAGGAAACCAUGCAAGGCGCAAGGGAGCGCAGUAGUACUCUGGUAAUCCCACAAGCAACGCCACCUUGGUCAAAAGUCCUGCAGAGGGAUUGGAGCCCGGGAUGCGGAUAUGCCGACUAUCGUGUCACAAUAGAGGAGGGCGGGUGCAAUCCCAAACUGGUAGGACCCAACCCCCCGAACCUUGCUCCCGAAGGAGUCGAGAACAAACGGGGCCAUGACGAAGCUCUUCCUCUAGAGGCAGGCGGCAAGGCUCUGGCGGGACCGCUGGCCGUAAAGUAG